AUGUCUUACCAAGGCUACCCUCCGGCGUCGCCUUAUGGCCAACCCCCUCCACCACAGGGAGGCGGAUAUUACCAACAGCCUCCUCCUCAGCAGCAUCAUCAGCAAUCUCCGUAUGGUGCACCUCCGCCACAUGCUUCAUACAACGCUUAUCAACAGCCCCCACAAGCUUAUGGCCAACCACCACCCGGGCCGCCGCCGGGACAGUACGGUGCACCUCCUCCACAGCCCUAUGGUGCUCCGGCUCAUUCCCCACCACCCGGGCAGUACGGUGCUCCUCCUCCCCCGCACGCCCCGUAUUACCCGUCCGGACCUCCACAGGCUGGCUACGGCGCACCGCCGCCUCACGCGGGCGGUUACGGACAACCUCCUGGUCCACCUCCUCACCAACCCUACGGGGCCCCACCGGCCACACCCACAACGUACCCGCCUCAGCCCUAUGCCGUGCAGUACCCGCCGACACCACCUUCUCCCGGAUAUGGCCCCGCGAUGAGCAUCCCAUGGAACCCCGACCCGGACGCGGAUAGGCUAAGGAAAGCCAUGAAGGGAUGGGGCACCGAUGAGAAGGAGCUGAUCCGGGUUCUGGCCGACAAGGACCCUCUCCAGAUCAAUCUGCUUCGCGAAGCGUUUUCAAAGCGUCACCGCCGCGAUCUUAUCGCCGACAUCAAGAGCGAGACGAGUAGCUGGUUUGAGGAAGGGCUCGUCAUGCUUGCUCGCGGUCCUCUUCUCAACGACGUGCACAUGCUGUACAAUGCCAUGGAUGGGGCAGGCACCAACGAAGACAUCCUCAAUGACAUCCUACUCCGCCGGUCCAACGCCGACCUGAAGGCCAUCAAAGCCGAGUUCAGUCGGGUUUUCCGCCGGUCCCUCGAGGAAAUGGUGCGCGGCGAGCUGAGUAUGAAGACGGAACGGCACUUUAUGAUUGUGCUCGGUGCCACACGUGCUGAAGAUGCGGCUCCAGUGGUGAAGGCAGACAUUGACCGAGACGUUGAUGACAUAUAUAACGCAACCGAGGGCAAGAUUGGCACAGAUGAAAUGCGUGUGUGCAGCAUUCUCAGCCUGAGGAAUAACAACCAAAUCCGUGCCAUUUCUUACGAGUACAGGCAAAAGUACGCCAGGGAUCUCGAUACCGUAAUCCAAAAACAGGAAUUCUCGGGACACAUGAAGGACGCCCUUCUUAUCCAGCUACGCCACGGCACAGACAAGUACAUGCUGCAGGCCCGACUUCUCGAGGAUGCCAUGGCAGGAUUGGGUACCAAGGAUCGUCUGCUCACCAGCCGUCUGGUCCGGGCCCAUUGGGAUCGCGAAAACUUGCGCAACGUGAAGAACGCGUACGAGCAACGCUACAAGACCAAGUUGUAUAAGAGAGUGCAGGGGGAGACCAGCGGCGAUUACCAGAGGCUUUUGGUGGCCAUUUGUGGAGAACCUAUUUGA